GACAUCAGAACGACGAAACGAUUCGGAAAAGCCGAGAGCGUUCCUGCGCAUGCGUAUCGCCCCUGCGCUUGUCUCGCGUAUACGUUCAGCUCGGCUCUCGGGUCGCUCGCGUACUCAAGUUGGCGUCUCAGUCAGUCACACGACGACACUUGUCGCGGAAGGGCAUUUUAUUUCUCCCAUUUGGAAAUCAAGAAUACAUCGCUGCCCUCUUUUGCUUAUUAUUUUUGGUUAUUAUUUUUCUUUGAAAGUUUCUGUUUAUUAAACUAUAUGUGAUAAACAAUUAUUUAGUGAACAGUGAUAAUAAACAAAACCAGUUUUUAGUUUUCUCGUGUUAAUCGUUAACAAGUUAUUUUGCAUGGUAAUUAACCGUCAGAGACCCGGUUUAGUAUAGCUAGUGAAGCUUAUUAGAAAUGAAUGACUUGGUAGGAUAUACGAAAGUGUUGGGGAAGGAGUUGUGGUGUGGAUGAGGUAUGCUGGUGCGGGGUUGCGCGGGAGGUGAACUCCGGCACUCGCUGGCAGAGAGGACCAAGGCCCUGGCGGCCAGGUACCACGCACUAUGCUCGCCUGCGCGCGAGGAGUCUCGCAGCGUCGACCGUAGUCGCACUAGGCAUCGCAAGUCGCAGACGCGAUGGUAUGUCAAGCAGCCGACAUGGCGGUUGUGGGGCGAGGAACGUGUGGACGGUGCGAUUUACACAGUCUAUUUGAAGAAGGUGCGCUAUCAUCGGCCUACGAGGAGUGCUUCAAGUGAGUCGGACGACGAGAUCUCGCACUUGGAGUGGGAGACGGUGCGCGUGCGCUUCGUGAAGGCAGGCACCGUGGAGCGGCUGGUUGAGGCUCUGGCCACCGACGACGGAGAGCUAGAGUCCACCUACGUCAACGUUUUCCUUGCCACAUACCGUUCAUUCGCGGAAUGCAGCCGCGUGCUGGAUCUGCUGGUGCGGCGAUAUGAGGCGCUCGCAGCGGAGGACACACUGCCCACUCGUACCCCCGUCACACCCGGCGCAGACCACUCCCACCAACAUCGAAAGACUCUGGUGGCAUGUCUCCACGUAUGGUUGGACACCUACCCGGAGGACUUUCGACAACCUCCACACCACCCCGCACUGCAGCAGCUACUCGCCUUCACUCAGCUUCACUUGCCUGGCUCGGAGCUACAUUUGAAGGUAUUACAGAAGCUAGCUGUGUUCAGUGCAGAGCGCAAUGGCGGAGCGCACACGGGGGGCGGGGUGUGCCUGGCGCCGGGCAUGCGGCUGUCCGCGCACCACACCAGCACCUACCGCCUGCCGCAUGUGCCCCACCGACACUUCGCCGAACAACUCACACGAAUGGACAUGGAGCUGUUCAAAAAGCUGGUGCCGCAUCAGUGUCUCGGUGCCAUAUGGUCUAGGAGGGACAAGGAUCGAUCGCACGACGCCGCCACCGUUUUAGCCACCGUUAAUCAAUUUAAUGCAGUAUCUUUUAGAGUUAUAUCGACCAUUCUAGUGGAGCCGAACCUGAGGCCGGCCGACCGUGCGGAGAUACUGGCCGCUUGGUUUGACAUCGCGCGAGAAUUAAGAGUGCUUAAAAACUUUUCAUCGUUGAAAGCGAUCAUAUCCGGAUUACAGAGCAACGCGGUGUACAGAUUAAGAAAAACGUGGGCGUUGCUCCCGAAAGAAAAAUCGGAGCUGUUUGAGGAAUUGGCGCGAAUUUUUAGCGAAGACAACAACCGUUGGGCUCAGAGGGAACUUCUGAUGCGCGAGGGUACAGCGAAGUUUGCGGACACGGUCGGUGAAAACGAUCGCCAACUGCAGAAGCUGCUGCACGAGCGCGGUUCACCCGGCGUCAGUCACGGCACCAUACCUUACUUAGGAACAUUUCUAACCGACCUUACGAUGAUCGAUACCGCCAUUCCCGACACCGUGGCGGACGGCUUGAUAAAUUUCGACAAACGCCGGAAAGAAUUCGAGGUGCUGGCGCAAAUAAAACUGUUACAAGGCGCCGCAAACGCUUAUCAUUUACCAUCGGAUGCGAUGUUCGACAGGUGGUUCGAUUCCGUCAUAAUUCUUGACGAUCGUGAGGCGUACCAGCUCUCUUGUCAAAUAGAACCGCCCACGAAUCCUCCCAAAGAGAGGAGACCGAGAAAGAUCGCCGACAAUAACAAUCAGUGUCAUAGGAAAAAUGAUUCCAUCGCCAGCACGAGUUCUAGUAACAGUUCGCAAUUUUACUGCGAAACGGACGGCGCCGCCAACGCCUGGAAGCGAGACAGCUUGGAGAGGCGGACGUCGCCCACCAGACUGUCGCAUGGCUCCUCCUCCUCAUCUCUGCCCUCUUUAGAUGUAUCAUUAUCGAGCGCGAACAGUGGGCAGAAGCCGCCGAACGGCAAAGCUCCUGCCAUGAGUCCGGCGUAUGCGAAUUCACGUAACGGUCCCGAUUUCUACAUAAUACGUGUGACUUAUGAAUCUGAUUGUGUGGAGACGGAGGGCGUGGUGCUUUACAAGUCGAUAAUGUUGAGCAACAACGAGCGCACGCCGCAGGUCAUCCGCAACGCCAUGCUCAAGUUGAACCUCGAUGGUGACCCCGACAUCUACACGCUCGCACAAGUCCUGCCAGAUCGAGAAAUGGUGCUACCUGCAAAUGCGAAUGUAUACUACGCAGUUAACACCGCAUAUAACCUCAACUUUAUACUGCGUCCACGAAAAUCACAACAAGCAGAACCUGUGGCCAACGGGAAACCAAAAAAUAAACGAACUUAAAUAAAAAAUAUCUGAAAAAAAAUCCAAAAACCAUGAACAUUGGACAAGAAUACUUUAUAAUCUAAUUUAAAUACUAGUCUUUUUCACCCGAAACGUGAAUAUGAUCAGAUCGCAUUCUUAGAUGUUUGUUUUUAAUUAUACAAAAAGGCAACAUAUAAUCUAAACUCAUAGCUGGUCUAUUCUUGGUGCAAAGAAUUAACUAUAAAUUUUGAAAUAGUGAUCUUUGAAAGUUACGGAAUAUUCGAAAUAAUAAAG